AUGUUAACAGGGAAGCCUGAACCCAACAUUCCGUUCCAGUUACCUUUAAAUUUGUCCCAGCAGCAGUUGGACUCUGAGCAGCCCGCUCCCUGCCUCGGUCCUGAACUGGUGAUUUCCCACUGUGGAGGCGGCCAGCCAGCCCUGCUGAGUGUCCAAGCCCAGGGAGACAGCUCCAGGAGGAGACACCUCCACGUUUCCCCUGAUACUGCCACCGUGUCCCCACAUCACUCUCGGCCCAGCAACCCAGACGCCCUGGGGGCAGCCACCCCCAUGCCUCCUGAAUGCAGUGUUCCCACCAGGCAGCCAGCUCGUGCUACCUGCUGCUUUGCCAAGGAUGCCCAUUGUGGCAGGAGAUGGUGCCUCUGGCCAUGUGAGCCUGGGAACGUCAGUGAGCCUGUGGUCUUCGACCAGGCCCCUCUCAACUGGAGUGCCAUGGGGGGUCUCUGUGAGGCAACACAGCAUCCUAGCCCUGCUUCUGCCAGGCUCUUCUGUGCAGAAGCUGGUGCCUGGGCCAACCACUGUGCACACGCUGGCUGGCCAGGGGGCUGCUGCCCAGACCUCCAUCCUGCAGUUCCUCCUCCACCAGCCACCCAGCCUGCCCCCGUGAUGCUGUUUCCAGUAAACCCUGGACCAGAGUCUCAUGGCGGGGACCUGCAGUGUGGCACCGCCGCCUCCCAGGCCAAGGCCUCACGCAAUGCCUCCUGCAACCUAAGCGUCUAUAUGCACUUCCGGCGCUGGCAGCAUUACAAGGCCCUGGCGCAGAGGCACUGUCCACAAAGCCCUGAUGCUGAAGCUCUGUCCUGCUUCCUCAUCCCAGUGCUGCGGACUCUGGCCCAGAGGAGGCCCACCAUGCUGUUGGAGGAGGGCCUGCGGUUUGCCAUGCGGGAAUGGCAGCACAAGAGCAACUCUGACCGCGCGAUCUUCUAUGAGAUGGCAGAAAAAUUCAUGGAGUGUGAGGAAGCGGAGAUGCAGACUCAGAAGCUGCCAUGGAUACAGGGCAGACUGGGCAAGCUUCCCCCAGGCCCACUGCCGCUGGUUCCACCACGGCCCCCAGCCACAGUGGCGGUCCAGCAGCCAGGUAAAGCUUCCCACUCCACUCCACAACCCAUGACAAAGGCAACGGGGACCAAACGAUUCCAUCCCCACCCCCGUGGGAAGAUUCUCUCGAGAGCAACGUUUGCCCUUCCCUGCAGAACGCACCACAAAGAGCCCAGGGUCCCUAAUGCUUUGCCCACGAUCUGGAUAUCUAUGUGGUCAUUUGUACUGCCACUCACCCCUCACCUCUCCAAGCACCCAACACAGUCUUCCCACGGCCUGAGGCAUGAGCAAGAGAACACAGAGCGUUGGUGGCUGUCUAGGGGUUCUGCAGCUCCCAUGUCCUCUCAUGGCGGCAGGGUCAGGGCGCACUGCUCCCGCCUGAUAGGUGUGGCCCCAGGAAUGCCAUCUCCAAGGCCCUGGCUGCCUGUCCCCUGCCACAGACACUGGCAGCCUCAGGGCACCUUGCCCAAGGGGAUGCCCACUGAGACUGUGAUGGAGGACGUGGACAUCAAGGAUACACCCAUGUGGCCUGAUCCACCCACCGAAGAGGACAGCUUCUGGAGUCCUAGGGAGGAGGGGAACUCUCGAGACCCAGAACUGCUGAACUACGUGGAGAAGCUCAUCUCUCAGGAGGACUUCAUUGCUUGGUGGGCUGUGGAGGCCAUCAUUCAGCCCCAAUUCCUAGAAGCACUGCUUUCCCCAGAUCCACAGCUGGAUCUCGUGGCCCUGUCGAUGGAGCUGGAGCAGGAGGAAGGGCUGACCUCUGGCCAGGUGGUGGAGAAGACGUUUUGGCCUGUGACUGGGAAUGGGGCUGCGGGGCUAACCCCCAAUCAGGCUGCACCUGUACGGCACCCCAGGCCUGAAGCCACAGCCUGCCCAGGUGCAGACAGACACGACCAAGGCCCACAAAGAUGGGUCAGUUCUGAGACCUGCCAACAAAGGGCAUCGUCUCAGGAACCGCGGAGACACGUGGUCCCACCCAAGCCCCUCUCCAGACCUACCACUGCUGCUUCCUUCUCGGGGCUUCAGGAGUGCCUUUCGCUAGGGCCCACUGGGCCCACUUCUAUCGCAGGAAGAAACAAGCCUGCCCCAAGAGGGCCAAAGGCUGCUUGGGGAUUCACAGUCGAAUCCUCUACUGAGGGCACCAGACCAGCAGUGGGCAUGGCCACUGAAAAUGAGGAGGAGCUGCCCAGCCUGGACUUCUUCCUCGAUUCCCAGCGUCACCUGCUGCCUUUGGGUCUUGGCCGGAGCCCUGCUGAGGCCCCAUCUUGCCUAGGACCACAGCAGCUCCAGAGAGUGCCCACGUCCCUCCGCUACCAGGGAAGAGGCCAGACGUGUGCUCCCACCACCACGGCCAAGUCGAAGAAACGAGGUUUUUGGAGAAGCGCAGGCCCUGCCAAAAAGAAGACCUGCUCAGGGCCUGGACACAGAGCCACUGAGGGGCAGGCCCUGGCUCUGGGGUUUGUGGCACAAGCCCAGGCUCAGAGGGGGACCCAUAGCCCCUUGGUCAGCAGGAGGAGGAAGCAGCAGCAUGGAGGCCAGAAGGGCAGGCAGGCUCUCGGGAGCCGGCCCAUAUGUGCAGCCUGAAGGGUACGGGCCCUCCCUGUGUCCUGUAAGCCAAAGUACAAAGACAUUCACUCAUCCAGUGCUGCACCUGCUCCUAAGAUUGGGGGCUGGUGGCGCGGGGUGGAGGGGCGUGUGAGGUAAAGGUGGGACAGCCAGCUGCAAGGGACCUCUUGGGUGGGGUGGGUAGGUGUGCCUUUGGGGCAUUAUUUAUUUGAAUAAAGGAAGUUACAUUGAGAAUGCUCUCGGGGCUGCUGCUCUCUGUCAUGGCAGCAGUCUGGUGAGGGUUCUGAGGAAGGAUGGCCUGGAAGCCGCUGCUGGUGCGUGUACAGGUGACUUGCCUGGGACACAUAAGUAUCUGAAGCCAUCGAUUUAGAAGGAUGUGGGAACUGGGCAUCUGGUGCUAAGAGUGCGUGCAUUUGUGGCUGUGCAGAGCAACCACAAGUCAGACUUGGAACAAUGUGAACGUGGCUUCUCUAUGCAUCUGCUCACCGGUAGUCCAUACUUAAAAACCUCUGUAGUGCUCCCUACUUCUCAGUCCCAUAGAGCAACUGUGUGCUGGCUGAAUGUGGGAUGCAGGCCAUGCUGUGGUGUUAAAUUGUGGGAAGGAGGAACCCUUAGUGUAUGCACAGGGAAACUGUCUACAUCUACACUGCCUAGGGCAAAUAUUUUUGGCAAAAUAUUUCUUGAGGUGUGCAGGUGUAGACACUUGUGGUAGAGAUGGAACAGGUGAUUGUUCAACGUUCUAGAGCGAACAAGAGCAACAGAACCUCCUUUUCCCUCUGUGAAACAGCCCAGUGGCUCUGCCUUCGUGCUGCCUCCUAAAUACCUUGCUCUCUAAGGCCAGAUCCCCUGACACCUGCUGUAGAGUCAGUAAGUACCUCUUUAUUCCUGCAGGUGGUAUAGACAGUUUUUCCCAUUAAUGAGAAUGGGCCUAUGGGGGGAACCCCCAGUCAUGAUGCAACUGUGCUGCAACACAGUCCUGUAUCCAUAGUCCUGCCAAGUACAGAUAGACAUUAACAUGUCCCCCAAAGAGGGGUCUGUUCUGAGACCUGCACACGAAGGUCAUCGACCCAGCAACCGCGCAGAUCCUUGGUUCUAGAGUAUCAACUUUCCAGGCCUAAGGAUGCUGCUUUCUUCUCUAGGAAUAGGAGUGCCUUUCACUGGGGACCACUAGGCCCACUUCUACCCAAGGCCAAAUAUCCCCUGCCCCAAGUGGGCCAAAGGCUGCCCGGGAUUCAGAAGAGAAUCUUCUGCUGAGGUUCAUGACCAUCAAUGGGCAUCUCCAGUGACAACAACAAGGUGCUGCCAGCCUGGACUACCUCGAUUCCCAGUAUCACCUGCCGCUUUUGGAUCAUGACCAGAGACCUUCUCCUUCCUAAGCCCAUAGGAGCUCCAGAGAGUUCAUAAUUCUCUCUCCUGCCAAUGAAGAGGCCCCAGCUGUGCUCCCACAACCACUGUGAAGUCUA